GCUCGUGGCGUAUAGACGUAUUACACACGGCUCAUAAAUCAACACGUACGGCCGCGUUUUUGCCGGAUACCUUAAUGAAAAUUUGAUGAAAACGCUAACCUAACGAUCCAUUCUCGGUACUAGCUUGUAAGACUGUGUUUUAACGGUUGUACAAAGGAUAUUGAUAUGACACAUGCUGUUUGAAUGGUACGAAAUAGGGCGUGUGACGCCACUAUGAACGUAGCUAGUGUUGGAACUGUGUAGUGGUUUUCAAUAUCGAUAAAAUGUGGUUGUUACUGAUGCUGCCGGUGUUUGCCAUCGCAGCGGUACCACCGAGCGACUCAGAGGCAUGUAACCCGGAUAAGAUGACUGUUUAUCGAAUGGUAUUACAUACCUAUUGGACCAGGGAAAAAUUUCCAAAGCACUAUCCAGACUGGAGACCCCCUGCUCAGUGGUCGAAAGUAUACGGUGUAUCCCAUAGCCGUUCAUACGUGCUAUUUCGUCUUGGAAGACGAGUUUCUCCAUCAGUCCGUCAGUUUGCUGAAUCAGGUAGAUCUGAUACACUCGGAGCAGCGCCUGGUACCCUUGAUGUCUUCGGAGGAGCAGCCAUCGGUCAGGGAUUGGGCAGAGCCGAAGCUGAUUUCUUUGUCGAUGGGAAUCACUCCAGGGUCUCAGUGAUGACAAAGAUGAUACCGUCUCCUGAUUGGUUCAUUGGAGUUGACAGCUUUGAUCUUUGCGUUGACGGGAACUGGCUGGACAGCAUUACUAUAGAGGUGGACCCAUUGGACGCGGGAACGGACAACGGUUUCACGUUCACAGCGCCGAACUGGCCGACAGCCCCCCAGGGGGUCGCGUAUCGCAUCACAUCCAAGUACCCCUCGCACCCCGCCGGCUCCUUCUUCUACCCCCACCUGAGGAGACUUCCGCCGAUCGCCACGUUCCAAUUUAUUAAGCUACGGGAAUACGAGCUCUCGGAAGUAUUUCAUCGUGACAGUGAUGACCGUAAAUAUGACGUGCUCCAACUGGACAAACUAAACCACAAUAAUGUUGAUGUUCCUGAUGGCAACCGAGCACUCUCCAUCGCUGAAGAAGUUGAAAGAGCUGAAGCACCAAGGAUUUACUCGGACGGAUCUCUGACAACGCCGGAUAGCUCGUAUUCAUAUUACUCCAUUACCAACAACACAGCAAGUACUGAGGAGCCAAGAUCAGCAAAUGAGGUACCGAAUCCUACAGCAAGCGAGCGUUCAGCUCUCCGGAGUCUGGCUAGAAGAUACCGAGCUAGAAGACGACGUAAGCUUCGCGGAGACAGUACUGACCCGGCCGAGAGAAGGAAGCGAAAAAGAACAAGGCUCCUAGACUGUCGGGUAUCUCAAUGGGGUGAAUGGAGUCCAUGUAGGAAUGACGGCAACUGCGUCGGAUCAGCUCUAAGAACUCGAAGAAUUAUCCGUCGUCAACGACCUGGUGGAAGCCCUUGCCCGCCGACAGCGCAGUCCCGAUGGUGUGCUACCAACUGCACCACACCACCUCCAAUAGAGGACUGGCGAAACAACCUCACGUAAUUUUUAUGUAUACCACAUGAUUCCAUUCUUAAAAUCGAUGUUCAGUUUAUUCACUAGCCAGUAUUUUUCAAAUAUAUUUUUAAUUUUCCUCCUUAGCAUCUGUCCGUCCAAUCAAAUCUAUUUCCGUUUCUUAACCUUUACGUUUCGUUUACCUAUAUUUGUGGUGUGUAAUGAUAAAACGUCUGUAUAAAAUAAUUUAUUAACUUAUGACUGUCAAGCUAAGUAGUAGACCUUAGACGUUUGCUGCUGUAUCUAAUUAAUGCUUUUUAACUUUUCGUAUUAGUUUGUCAAUUACAUCUAAAAAGUUAAGAAUGCUUCAUAAUUCAAAUAUCUGUAUUGUUUAACCAAUAAUGUUAGCCGAUACAAAAAAAUAUAUUUCAUAAAUAGUUCAUUAUAAAUAUGACUCAUAGACAUUAACCUUAUAUUCAUAACGUACCUACUUAGAUUAGAUAACCGUUUAAAAAAGGACAAUGAAGCACUACUACUAACCGCACGGUAGAUGCGAGCACCUAUCGCAAAACAAAAAAGAUAAAAAACUAUUUUCUAAUAUCCUGAAAGUUUAUUUUAAGAACUUUAUAUUAGGAUUACCAUUAAUCAUCCUCAUUUGUCUUUUUUGUAAUAGUCGCAAAUGUUAUUGAGUGUAGGUAAACAGAAUUUUAAUAGUCCGCGUGUGGUUAGUCAAUUAGUAGUGUAAUCGUCUCGUACAUAUCGCUUAAGAAUUCAAAUUUGUGACAGUAAUAAAGUGUAGUGUCGUUUAAUGCAUAACUCCAAAGAUGCAGCUUUUAUUUUUAAUACUUGUAAAUGUAAAAAAUGUACGUAGAUAAGUCUCUAUUAGAGUAAGUUACUAUAAAGUACUCAUAAUCAAAGCCUUCUGUGACUAAGAUUUAUAAUUUAUAAUAAAUUCAUAUUAUUAAAACAUAUAUUGUUGGUAUUUUCAUCUAUUUUGAUCUUUAGCGACGUAUGGUUUACCAUAUUACGUUCAAUGUAAUGAUUUAGAAAUAACAAUAGCUAAGGUUUUUUAAUAUAAUUUCGCUUAUAAAUAAAUUAUAAUGCCAAAGAAAAGCUAGUAUUAAUUCGAAACCUGGCAUAAAUAAUCUUUUUUUAUUCUUCUUCUUGAUUAAAUAUGAAAUACUUAAGAAUAUUUCAAACAAUAGUUUCUUAAUUAGGACGUGAUUCUAUAAGAUAGUUCAUGGAGAACGUAAAUGUAAAAAUAAAAACAGUUUCUUGAUAAAACUUUCAAUUGUAAUAGGUUCUAGUUGAGAAUUAGUAAAUAAAAAUGUUUUGCUUAAAAGUAAGUUUUUGUAUUUGAUGUGCUAAGGGCAAAUUACCAAAGACACGCGACGGUCUCUCGAUUGUAGACACCCUUAUACCAAAAGAAUGGUUGCGAAGGCUGAAAUAUAUAUAAAAUUUGUUUAGGAAUAUUGAGAUCUGUCGUGCCGAUUGAUAAAUUGAUAUUGUAAAAUAGAGCCAAAUUUGUUAACACUGGCAUAACAAUUACUGAGUAUGUGUAUUUUUACAAUGUAAAUUAUUCUGAUUUCAAUAAUAAAAGUUAAUAACA